AUUAUACUCUCACAACAACAACAACAACAUCUUUCAAAAUGGUUCGCUUCAACGUGGCUCUUCUUGCUCUGAGCGCGACUGCCCUGGCGGCGACUCUUCACAAUGACCGCCGUGAGCUCGAGGCUCUCGCUGAGCCCGACCUCAUCGGCAGGGACGCGCCGCUGAUGGACUUGGAGAGGCGCGAGGGUCAGAAACAGGCUAGCCCCGAGAUGCAAAAGCUCAAGGACGAGCGAAAGGCCAUCUCGCCUGAGCUUAGCCAGGCCAUACAGGCCAUGAAGGACGCUAGCAAGGCGGCCGAAGCCGCCAUUCCCCAGGAUCUCAAGCAGAAGGAGGAGGACGCAUUCCAGAAGGUCAAGGCCACGCGCAAAGGCCUCCCCGAAGACAAGAAGAACCAGCUCAAGGAGAACUCGAAGGCGAUUCAAGCCCAGAGGAAGAAGGAAAAGGCCGCGGCUUCUCCUUCUGCCCCCGCCGCCGGUGCCCCGGCCCCCUCGGCCCCGGCUCCGGCUCCGGCUUAGUUCUAAACUUGCUACAAGAACCCUGCCGGGGAUUAACACUUCUGCGAUAUACGGAACGUACCCAGUUACAUGUUUCGUGCUUGCAAGAUGGUUGUCAGGGUGUUUCGCAUUGGUUCUUGUUAGGAAACCCAGUUUUCGAUUAGUUUCAACAACAGCAGCGAGCAAUAAAUGAUGGCUUGAUGGUGCG